AUGCCUUCAGUUGACCGCCUUGUCGGUAUUUCCAGUUUGCACUACGAGGGUCUACAGACCGUAUACCAAAAUGUGAUACGAGCCACCUGUUGUGACGACAAGAAGCACUGCUGUCCCGAGGGAUAUGCAUGCCUAAAGGGCAGUUGCAAGAGGAAGUUACCCUGGGCCAGCGGCCCCGCCUUCCUGCCCAUGAAGGAGAAGAAGCCAGCCCGCUUGUCGGCGCGUGACGCCUACGUGCCCUGUCCGGACGGCCACAGCAAGUGUCCGGAUGGCUCAACUUGUUGUCCAAAUGCGGCUAAAACCCAGUACGGCUGUUGUCCCAUGCCCAAUGUAAGCAUCACUAAGCUCCGCUUUCAUACUCGAUCCAUGUGUUUACUACUACUACUACUAAUAUUACUACUACUAAUAUUACUACACGUCUGA